AUGGAGGUCUACGUCGACGACAUGCUAGUAAAGUUGACAAAGAAAGAGGAUCACAUUGGUCAUCUGAAGGAAGCUUUCGAGAUAUUGAAGCGGUACGGGAUGAAGCUGAAUCCCGAAAAAUGCGCCUUCGGCGUAACUUCAGGAAAGUUCCUCGGUUUUCUAGUGUCACAAAGGGGAAUCGAAGUCAACCCGGAUAAAAUCAGGGCCAUCGAUGCAAUACCGGAGAUACUGACCAGCAAGAAGCAAGUGCAGAAAUUAAUAGGGCGAAUAGUCGCCCUAUCGAGAUUCAUUUCACGAUCCUCGGAUAGAUGCCACAAAUUCUUCAAUGUGCUAAGAAAGGAUCAUGGACGGCAAUGGAACGAAGAAUGCGUCGACGCCCUGAGAAAACUGAAAACAUACCUCUCCUCGCCACCACUACUCGUCAAAGCGAACCCGGGUGAAUGUCUACUAGUGUAUCUGGCAGUUUUCGAAGUUGCGGCACAGAGUAUCAAAGCAAAUGGCCUCGCCAAACUAGCUGCGGCCACCAAAAAUAUCAACAAAAAAAAGUGGUCACUCUCCUCCACUCCGAAAUUGACCACAUCGAGGAUGGAACGUUCCCGCAAGAUAAAAAAAGAAGCCAAAAAACUCCGGGUACAGGCAGCCCGAUACAGCCUCGUAAACGGUAAUCUCUACAAAAGAACGUUCGGCAGCCCCCUAGCCAAAUGUCUUGGGCCAAAUCAAACAAGGCGAGUACUGGAAGAAGUACACGAAGGGCACUACGGCGCCCACACAGGGAAUUGCGCCCUCGUCCGAUGCCUUAUCCGCGCUGGGUACUAUUGGCCCACCAUGAAAAAAGAAGUCGCGGACUAUGUCAGGAGGCAUGAACAGUGUCAAAAGUACGCCCCUAUGAUACAUCAAGCGGGGGAACUCCUUCAUUCCGUCACUUCGCCAUGGCCGUUCAUAAAGUGGGGAAUGAACAUAGUCGGCCCCCUCCCGGCAGGACGAGGUAAGGUGCAUACACUCAGAUACGUGAGCAGGAGGUCAUCGCGUUCAUAUGGAAAACGUAAUAUGUCGUUUUGGCAUCCCCAAAGAAAUCAGCUGCGACAACGAGCCUCAGUUCGCCGGAAAGAGAACGACUGA